UGUGACUUCUCACCUUCACGCGAGGAGAGAGACUACGGUUCGCGGCUAUGGCGCCGCGACGAGUGAAACCGUUUUUAGCUAUCUGAGCUCGGACGCCCAGGCCUUGGUGAGGGCGAGCUCACUGUUUCCGGUGGUUGAGACCUUCUGGGAGAUAUUGCGGCUUAACAUCUCCCUGUCCUUUCUGCGGUCGUUCAUGAGGUGGUGGUGGGAUACCACCAACACCUUCCAUUUUCCUUGGGGCGAGAUGACGAUCACUCCUGAGGACUACACAGCUUUGACGGGUUUGACCUUUACAGGGAACCCCGUUCGUCUGAGGUCGGACGGCCCAUCGCCGACUGUUGCUGAGGGUACCAGGCUCUUGGGCUCGUGGAUGGGUAGUAGGUUACCUUCGUACCAGCCCCGUGGGAUACCUUUCGCUGACCUGAUGUGGGCUUUGGAGCACGGGGUAGAGGAGUCGCCUUUGAGACAGGCUCGGCUGUUCUACCUCCAUUUUAUUACUUCCACUUUUCUAUCGGGUCCGAUUGACACCUUUGACCUGAGGUGGAUAGGCAUGGUGGAGGACGUGUCUACACUGGGUGACUAUCGCUGGGGCGAUUUGGGCUAUGCGACGCUUGUCGGCCAGAUGAGUUUGUCGGUGCGCGACUCGGACCCGAGUAGACGUCACUUUGUGAUUACAUUAGCGGGAGUGCCGCGUUUGAUCGAGCUGUGGGCCUUUGAGCACUUACCUUGGCUGGCCCCCCGAAAGGGGUAGAGGCCUUUGGAGUUCCCUGCCGGUCGCCGUUGGGGUUGGAAGAAGAAGCUGACAGUGCGUCCACCGCCCGAUACUGUGUGGGAUCUUAUCCGGGAUGGGAACCCUGAGCAUGUACAGAAUCUUAUCCUCUAUCUCGUAUUUUGUCAUUCUUUUAGGGGUUUGUACGAAAACAGGUGGUUUGGACCCCAUGGCUCUCUUUUAGGGGUACCCAUGCUUCGGUCAGGGAGAGUUAUGCCUUGAGCCAGAUGCGGGUCUUGUUCGUUGGCCACCGGGACCCUGUCUGGUACCUGGGAGAGCGGGUACGUAUGCAGACGAACGGGGUUUUUUCGGUGCCCAGGCCUCCGCCUGCGACCAUGCUGUCUACUCGCUCGAUAGGCGAGUCGUGGAGGGUCCACUCGAGGACUGGUGUGCCGGCGA